CCCCACGGCGAUGGCUGCCCCUUCCACUACCACCGCGGGCUGUUACCUGGGCAUCGAUUUGAGCACCCAACAGAUGAAAGCCAUGGCUAUUGAUGAUAAUCUGAAUGUGAUCCAUGAGACCAGUGUAAGGUUUGAUGAGGAUUUGCCAGAAUUUGGAACUCAGGGUGGUGUCCAUGUACAUGAUGACAAGCUGACUGUUACAACACCAGUGCUACUGUGGGUAAAGGCCCUGGAUAUACUCCUGGAGAGGAUGAAAACCUCGAACUUUGAUUUUUCAAAAAUGAAAUCUUUGUCUGGCACUGGUCAACAACAUGGUAGUGUUUAUUGGAAAGAGGGAGCCAAUCAGACUUUGAAAAACAUGUCAAGUGAUCAUUCUCUGCAUCAGAUAUUUGAGUCUAGUUUUGCUGUGAAAGAUUCUCCUAUCUGGAUGGACUCCAGUACCACUGCAGAAUGCCAGCAACUAGAAAAAUCUGUUGGAGGGCCACAGAAACUUGCUGACAUCACUGGGUCACGCGCUUAUGAGCGCUUCACAGGAAAUCAAAUUGCCAAGAUUAACAAGAAGAACCCUGAAGAUUACAAGAAAACUGAGAGAAUCUCUCUUGUCAGUAGUUUUGUUGCUUCCCUAUUUCUUGGAGACUAUGCUGCAAUUGAUUAUAGUGAUGGUUCUGGUAUGAAUUUGAUGGAUAUCCAUGCACAUGAGUGGUCACAGCAGUGCCUUGAUGCCUGUGCACCAGAUCUGAAGGAGAAGCUUGGUGUUCCACUGCCAUCUCAUUGUAUACUGGGUCCAGUUUCUCCAUACUAUGUAAAACGCUUUGGAUUCAAUUCUGAGUGUAAGGUCAUUGCUUUUACAGGUGACAAUCCAGCAUCACUGGCAGGAAUGAGACUUCACCAGGGGGAUAUAGCAGUAAGCCUGGGGACAAGUGAUACUGCCUUUCUCUGGAUUCAGGAUCCGAAACCCACUUUAGAGGGACACGUCUUUUGUAAUCCUGUUGAUAGCAGUGCCUACAUGGCACUCAUAUGUUUUAAGAAUGGCUCCUUGACGAGAGAGAAGGUCCGUGAUGAGAGUGCUUCUCGUUCAUGGGAUGAAUUUGCGAAAGCGCUGAAAACCACUUGUCCUGGAAAUAAUGGAAAUUUAGGAUUUUAUUUUGAUGUGAUGGAGAUCACCCCAGCUGUAGUAGGUAUUCAUCGAUUCAAUGCCAAAAACUGUAGAGUUUCAGAGUUUCCAAAUGAUGUGGAGGUCCGGGCAGUGAUAGAGGGACAGAUGCUGGCUAAAAGGGCAUAUGCUGAGAAGCUGGGCUUCAAAGCCUUGAAGGGAACCAGAGUACUGGCAACUGGAGGGGCUUCUUCAAACCCAGAUAUACUGAAGGUCUUGGCAGAUGUUUUCAAUGCCCCAGUGUACACAAUUGACACAGCUAAUUCAGCCUGCCUGGGAUGUGCUUACAGAGCAAAACACGGACUGCAUGCAGCAUCAGGACAGUCCUUUGCAGACACUGUGAAAAUUGCAGCAGCUCCAAAGCUGGCAGCCAAUCCCACCUGUGAAAUAGAUAAGGUAUAUGGACCAAUGCUAGCGCGAUAUUUGGAACUGGAAAAGUUGGUGCGGAGUGACUGCUGAUCAAUGGAAAACAUUGAUAUGAACCCUAGAAUUUUGUGCCAUCAAGGGAGGCUAUUCAGCCUGUGAUACCUGAGCUGGCUCUUUGAAAUAGCUGUUUAAUUUAGGACCAUACCACAGCUUAAUCGUGAAAUUAUUCUUUGUCAAAAU